CCUCCUGUUUAUCGUCCAGCUAAAAGAUGGCGUUAGCGGCUAGCUAAGACGAUUGUUUUUCGUUUGAUUAAAUGAAUUAGGUCGGUGGGAAUAAUUAGUCAUUGCAAAUACUUUAUUAUUCUUGAGAUGGGACUAAAAACAUAGCUUAUAUCACUUGUAUUCGCACCAUAACGCACCGUAAUUGUUUGUUGGGCCUUGUCACAUACAGAGGCCUGUUUUUUAGGGAGUGGACGAGAGGUUUGCAAACUCCAACUCCCAGCAACAUUGCUGAGAAGUGGGGUCAAAGGGUAAUAUUUUCCACUUGUGAUGUCGGUAUUUGUAGUAUAGUUUGUUCAUUUCCAGAAUUUUUUGACCAACUUUGGAAAUUGAUUAAGAUGAAAAUACAUUUAAGGAGAUAAUUUGUUAACAAUGUUUAAUACUGUAUACAUUUAUGAUGUAGCUUAAGAAAAUUGAAAAGUAAAAUGCACAAAAAUAACUAUCCACAUUUCUGCCCCUCAGUCUCCCCCUGUCAUCAUCCAUGUCAUCACUUUCUGUCUGAAGUGACUUGUUAGUGAGGAUAAGCAGAAGAGCAGGUGGGUUGGAGGCAAUUAGUGGCAUCAUGGCGUCAAAGCCAGUGCCAGGGAGCCAGAAACAUGGGACAUGGGCAGGCAACCCCAGAGAAGUGUCCUUGGCCUCCCCAGAGACCUCUCUGACGUGGUGCCUGUCACAGCUCUCUAAACCUGGGAGAGCAGCAUCAGAUGACCACAAGCCAGGCACAGCAGGGCCGGACACCAGUGGACACAGAGAGCUGGACAAGAGGGUCAAAGCUGGGCAGUGGCGAGCACUGGUGGCCAUCCGCACACAGCACAUUAAAGGAGGAAGCAGUGGGAUAGCUCGAUUCCGAGGCCAGGGUGGACUGCGCACUCUCCUGGACCUGCUCAAGCACCCUGAGUGUUCCAGGAAGACUCUGGACCUGGCUCUCAGCAUCCUGGCCAACUGCUGCACUGAGAGACAGACACGAGUCGAGGUGAGACAGAAUGGUGUAGGACAAAUCAGGGCUGCUACACAUUGCUUGAAUAUGCAUGUUUAGUAUGAAAAGUUGGACAGUGGUGACUUACAUUAUGAUAUUUAUUUUUUUUCUCCCCUCUAAAGGUUAGGAAGCUUGAUGGAAUAUCUAUUGUGGGUAAGUGACUAUCACAAUACGUUUGAAUCAUUCAUUUCACAUGAUGGUGAGAAUUUCAGAAAUGUAAGUUUGCUCUUCCUUUCUCAGUGGGAAUUUUGAAGAAGAAUGUAGCCAUGGAGACGAUCCAGAACAGAGCAGCCAGGGCCUUGGGGAACUUGGCCAUGGACCCAGAGAGUUCAACGCUCAUCCACUCUGCCGGUAAGAGUCUGUUGGCUGUCUGUGUCUGUCUGUACGUCACUUUCUGAUGGUAUUUUUUAUUUUGUAGUAUAAGUUGAAGAUCAGAUUUUGUCCCUGAAAAAUAAUUGCUUUUCUGUCUUCGAUACAGGUGGUGUUCCACUCCUGCUCCUCUGCGUCUCUCUCUCAUCUGCCCCAUCCCCUCCCUCUGAUGACCCACUGGAAGCCCCCUCCCCUAAAAUUGAGUGUGCUCAGUCGGCUGCCCGUGCCCUCCUCUACCUUGCAGACACCCCUUCAAACCGCCUCUUACUUCUCACCCAGGGUACUCUGACUGCUCUUUCCCCGCUCAUUGCUCCGGAGUACCCUCUGGGGCUGAGGAGAGCAGCUCUCCGGACCCUCCAUGAGCUCACCAGGGGCUGUGGUGUAGAGUGUGCUAGAGAGGUGUCCCGAUCUGGGGUUCUAGCUCAGCUAGGUGUCAUGGCUUCGGGAGAGGCCGGUAAACCUUUUGAGGAGCUUGCGUUGAAAACCCUGGCCAACAUGUGCACUCAAGGCUGCUUACGUCCUCUGGUGGGUUCCCUGGGAGUAAUCCAGAAGUUUACAGAGGAGGUCAAGAAGGACGGCCUGAAGUCUGGAGUGUUCCUCAAGGCUCUCUGCUUAUGCUGCAAAGAGGCAGUGAACCGGGCCAAGGUGAAGGAGAGCGGCGGUCUGGAGGUGUUGAUUGGCUUCCUGGGUGUCCAUCGGAGCCACCCCCUCGACCGAUUGGUCAUUCUGGCUUGUGUUGACUUUGUCUAUGACGAAGCUGCCCUGGAACAGUUACAAGAACUGGGAAUAGUCCCCCUGCUAGUUGCUCGGUUAGUGGAGCUGGCUAAAGGUGAGGAGCCAUCUGCUGGGAAGAUGGAUGUGAGCCUCACCUCUACCAUGUUUGCUUCAGAGCUGCUGUCUACAUCAUGUUUCGACUCAUUUGACUUCCCUCCCCCUGAGGGGAACAGGAAAGAGGACAUGGGGAAGGAGCAUGUCCUUGGGUCAUCUAGCUUUCUUAGCCUGAGGUGAGUGAGGUGAACAGACUCACCUUUGCCCCCCUCUUGGUUUGUGCACCUGUGAUUUAUUUGAGUUUUGUAAAAAUUGUUAUCUGACCUGUCCUAUUGCUGCUCCUCCAGGUCCUGGUUGGUGUCUGAAGGAUUGAUCUCAUCUGAGGGGGAUCUUCUUGACUCUCCUGGAGGCACGGAGGGAGAUUGGGGGAGUCUUCAUAUCCCCUCUUCUUCUCCCCAAACCUCUUCCUCUGACUGUCAUUCCCCUUUAAAAUGCUUAUCUCCUACCCGCUCACUACCUUCCUCCACUCCCUUAUCCGCACCCAAACCUGGGACUCGGAGUCAAUCCACCCCCUCUACCUCAACGAGUUCUCUAGCUCAGGUCCACAUGUCAUCUCCCUCAAAAACCACUGAUCUGUCUCCCUGUGUCCCUCUGCCCUCCUCUACCGCCAACCCCCAAGCCCAGCCCAGCUCCUCUACCUCCACCCCCCAAGCCCAGCCCAGCUCCUCUACCGCCACCCCCCAAGCCCAGCCCAGCUCCUCUAACCCACCCCAAGCCCAGCCCAGCUCCUCUACCUCCACCCCCCAAGCCCAGCCCAGCUCCUCUACCUCCACCCCCAAGCCCAGCCCAGCUCCUCUACCUCCACCCCCCAAGCCCAGCCCAGCUCCUCUACCUCCACCCCCCAAGCCCAGCCCAGCUCCUCUACCUCCACCCCCCAAGCCCAGCCCAGCUCCUCUACCUCUUCUCUCCCUUUCCCCACUAAGCCACCCCUCACUCCUGUCUCCCCAUCCAAGUUCUCCUCCCCUCCACGGAAAAGGCCACGUGUCCCCUCAACCACUCGCUCCAGUGUGGUGCCCCUCGACACCCCUCCCACAGUGUCCCGACCCCAGGCCUACCACCACCCCUACCACCCUGAGCCUUGGGCCCCAGAGUCUCCCAUCCUGCUCCUGCUCUCACGCUUCUCUCACGCCACGGACCCCAGCGCUGCUCUGGUCAACUCAGGCAUCAUCUCUGGCCUACUGUUCUACCUCAGCCAGCAUCAGGACCCCAGCGGCAGGUGCUUCCGCAUGCUGUGCCGGCUGAGCUGCAACCCCAACUGCCUGCAGGCGCUGGUCAGGACUGGCUCAGUGGCUCUGAUCCGCCACCACCUGGUCCAGAGAGGGAGUGACCCUGAGAGUUGGGGAGAUGGAGAGAGGCAGACUGAUAGGGUCAAGGCCAAAGUGAAACAGCUUGGUAAGUUUCAUUGUUGUACUUGGUCAUAAAGGUUUUGUUUUUAGUUUGUGUAAUGGUGCUGCUGUAACGUUUUGGGUAUAAUUUAAUGUGCGUAUGUCUUUAGGUCUUGCUCUGCUUAGUAAUCUACGCGUUCAGUGUGAGUCUGGAUUUGGUUCUGGUGUCCUGAGCCAUGUGAUGCUGUCAGGCUCGGAGUCGGACAAGCUGAACUGUGCCCUGUCUCUACCACUAAUAAAUGGGUAAGUAAAACUGUCUUGUGUCAGUGUGAAAUGGCACUGGUGGAACAUAAUGAAAUGUACACCAACUGUAAUCGAACAUCAACUUGUGUUCCCUAACAGUAACAAGGUUCUCUUGAAGAAACUUCUUCUGGACAAUGGUGGUCUGCUCUUGGCUCUGGAGCCCCUUGGAUGUCAUGAGGACGAGGAAGAGGAAGAUCAUCACACCAGUGAAUGCCGAAGACUCCUCUCAGAUUGUCUCAACUCACCGCAACAUGUCUCCGCCCCCCAGCUCCACUCUCUAUAUUUCUCCCUGCUGAUUGGAUGCCUCUCUAGUCUGAUGGGUUGCCCCAAAACAGUACUGGCUAAAAGAAGGUGCAGGGUACUCAGUCCUAUCAAAACCCCUGUCAGUCUCACAAACCGGUAAAGCUUCACCCCCUCCCUUAAAAAAGCCAUGUCUGGUCAAUCUCUGUCCUUACAAUGACUCAACCUUUGACCUCCUCUUCCUGCUGGACGAUGGGAGCCAGGUGUCAGCCAAUAGGGAAGCAGUGGCUGGGGCGGAGGGAACCGAGGUGGUGGGGUCAGAGUACUUCAGGGCCCUAUUGAGGGGGGGCUUUGGAGAGGCUCAGGGGAGAACAGGGGAGGCCAUCCCCAUCAGGGACGUGAGCCAAGGCAUGCUGCUACCUGUACUGCACUAUCUGCAUGGCUGUCGCCUGAACAAGGAUGGAGAGACAGCAGAGGAACAGGGGGAUGAGACGGAGAGAGAAGGCAGAGGAGAGUGUCAGGUUUUGGGAUCCUUGGCCUCUGAAGGACUGGGUGUCUGGAGAGACUGGGCAGAAGAACCCUCACCAGAGGCACAGGGCUUCCAGAAGACCCCCCUGGCUGAGACUAUGAUGGGGGCCUGUAGGUUUUUGGUGACAGAGUUGCAGAGGGAGGUGGAGGAUCUGUGUGUGUCUUUGCUGUCCUGCUCUGCCAAGAAUGCUGGUCGAAUUGCAGACACUGGCAAAAAGCCUCCAUCUAACAUGGACCAAUAUGGGUCAGAGGGAGAGUCUGCUGACGAGAGCCUGGCAAACCGCACAUCUGGACUAGAGUUGAGUGGUUCUGAGGCCCAGACAGACUCCUUGGCCCCCACAGUGACAGCAGGCCAGGCUGAGUCACUACAUGGCUCUGGACUCCAACCCUGUCAGCAGACAGAGUGUAGACGGUACUCUGCCCAUGGACCAGGCCAGAAGGGCAGUAGUGCACCAAAGACAACCUCAGGACUGGAGACUUGUGUCAAUCCGCUGAAAUCAAGUUCUGCCUCAAAGUGCUGCAAAAGACGUUCUAAACUGCGGAGUGUUUCAAACACACAGAAGGUUGUGGAUUCUGCUCAGGACUCUAAAGGUGGUCCUGGUAGAUGGACCCUCCUACCCCAGGUUUAUUGGUUCUCCCAGCGGUACAGCUACCCUGGACUGGGCAGGGCCUGCCUGUCCCUACUGCUGGGCUCUCAGGGCUCCCCCCAGCCCCACCCUUCUUCCCUGGCUGCAGACUGCCUGCGCAGACUGGCCAGAGAGGCAGACUGUACAGAGACUCUGAAACGUGACCUAGUGAGUCUGGCCACCAUGGCCCUGAGCUGA